AUGCCGAUAGUCUCUUCCCUUCUGUUCUACCUUACGUUGUCAGCGUCAUGGACCGCAGCGGGCUUGGUGGACGACCAGCCCUACUGCGCCGUGCGGUACCGAAGGCUGUGUCAAGGGAAAGGGAGGCAUGUAGGCUGCCAGUUUCCUGACGCUGGUCCCGGGAUUUCCUGCAAGAACUACCGUCCGAUACAAUUUCACAACGAUCUGAAACAUUUUAUCACACAUUACAUUAACAGGAGGCGACAAAGGAUAGCAUCUGGCACAGAAAGAGUACGGGGAGGUGUCCACCUUCCGAAGCCAGAAGUCAUGAUGCUUGUUGAAUGGGAUCGAGAACUGGCCAUACUUGCCCAAAGGCUUGCAGACCAGUGCACGUUCGUCCACGACGACUGCAGAGCCACAGUGCGCUACCCUUACGCGGGUCAGACGGUGGGUGAAGUGCGUUGGCGUAGAUCCAGUGACUCUGAGACGCUGACGGCACAGCGAGCCAUUAGGCGGGUGUUCGAUGCCUGGUGGGGCGAGCGGAGGAGAGUGCAGCCUCACCAGUUAACAGCUCCUUUUAGAAUGACUGCCAAGGGUGCAGUUUGGGGCCACUUCAGCCAACUAGCAGUGUGGUCGCUUCGUGCCGUCGGCUGCGGCGCGGUGCGACACGGCGCCAGCUACCCACGCCUAUUACUCGUCUGCGACUUCUCACACACCAAUAUGCUGGGCCAGCGAACCCUGACACCCGGCCCAAUGGUUCCUUGCCCGAUACAUACGGCCAGGAAAUUGAGAUCGGCAUAUCCUUUGCUUUGUGCUCCCGUUCGUCACCCAACAAGAACAGAGCAGUACGAGUCGGAAACAGAAGACGAUCUUCUAGAAACAACAGAAGCAGAUACCGAAGAAGAAGAUGAUGAUGAUGAAACCACAACAGAGAGUGUGCGGAACACGACCAAAGCUGUGCUGUAUGACAAGAAAAAUAGUAAGAUCAAGGACUGGAAGAAGUAUACCCAUUCAGAAAAGACCAUAGAGGAUAGGGAUUCUGUGCUGCUUUUUAGGAAAUUUAUUUCAGCCACAACAAAAAAGAGGACCACUAAAGGCUUGUUCUUAGAUAAGUUGGACCAAGAACUAGACAGCCGGAAGAAGGCAGAGGACAAGUUCGAAAGCUUUAAAGCUUGGCAAGCUCGGACUUCGGAUUCUUGGCACCCAAGAUCUAUGGAGGGAUACGAAGCAAUACCGACGAAAAGCAGAAAACAGACAGCUGUUCUUUUAGAAGGAGAACCGGAGUUCCGUAGAUUUACUGACAUGGCAGUCACUACUAGCCCUGAGGCAUUAGUAGUGAGGCACAAAUGGAAGCAAACUAGGGAUAGACCACAAAGGCCAGGAGCCAACGCACUUUUGAACCUACCUGUCACAGCGCACACUCAUCGGUCUUCAAUCGUAUGUUGGAUUGACAAUAAUUAUGAUAUAAGAGCCGCCAUGAUGUUUGACAAAGAAGACGUGGACCAGCUGUUCCGCGACACAGGAUUCAACCCCAGUUGGAUGCGCCGACAAGGAAACAAGUGAUCGUUUAUACAAAAUG